AUGGCGAUCCCGAGCUCCAGGAGAGGAAAAAUGAGAAUCAUUGUACCUAAAUCCAUUCAUUAUGCUGCUACUGACGUUAUGACAUUGAUUUCAUGGCUGAGUGAUAUUCCAUUAAUUCUCAGUGAAAAUUAUUUGACUGAAUUACAUAAGGACUCAUUUGAAGGCUUGCUAUCCCUCCAAUAUUUAAAUUUUUCCUGCAAUAAAAUACCAUCUAUUGUACGACGUACAUUUGAACCACUACCGUUUUUGCAGUUUAUAAAACUUAGUUGCAAUUUACUCACAGAACUUAGAUUUGGAACGUUUCAGGCCUGGCAUGGAAUACAGGUAUUACACAAGUUAAUUCUCAGUCGUAAUCCUUUGACAACAGUUGACGAUUCUUAUCUUUUUAAAUUGCCAGCAUUAAAAUAUUUAGACAUGGGAACAACACAAGUCACAACAAUUGAAAGCAUCCUCAUGAUGACCCCUGAAUUGGAAAAACUGAUCUUACCUAGCCUUAUGGCCUGCUGUCUCUGCCAAUUUAAAAAUAUUAUUGAGGUUGUCUGUAAGACAGUCAAGCUGCAUUGUGACACUGAAUGCCUGACAGACAUCACACGUUGUGAUGAAGAAACAUCUAUAGGGAAUGUAGAAGAAUCAUUGAUGAAGGUGUUACAAGCCUGGAAGAAGAACAGCAGCGAGCUGACUAUUGAGUCAGAGAGGGCAUCCUCAGAUAGUGCUGUCAGCUUGUCAGGCUUCAUGAAUGAGCAGGUGGACUUUAAUAGUAAAAGUGAUAUUAUCAGUGCACUGAAUUACAUACUGCCUUUUAUCUCAGAGGGAAAUCUAGGAGAUGUGGAAUCAACAUUAUUACCAUUCAUUCAACUUCUUUUUUCAAAUACACAAAAAGACAGCCUAGCAAAGACUGAGAUUACAGAGAAACACCUGCUGGGAGUGAACAGGGGCCUCAGGGGCCCAAGGGGCAUACAGAAAAUGCACCUCAAAGCAGUGGGAGAUGAGAGCGUCAGGAGGAAACGGAAUGCCCAGCCAUCUGUGGCAAAUACUGCCGAAGAAAGAAGGCUCAGGAGGCCAUCACCAAGAAAGCUGAAACAGCUUCUCAUGGUGCAGAGGCCCAGGAAGCUGGUGGGAAAGUCCUCCAAUGCAGAGUCUUCAUUCAUAAAGAAACACAAGGCAGCAGGCUCCACUUCCCUGAAGCGGAGGCCUCCUGCCUCCAUCCCACCAAAAUCCCCAUCUGAGGUUAAAAGCAAAUCAAAAGACUUUUCCCACACUAUUUUUGUUUUAGAAGCUGUAAAGGCGAGAGCUAGAAAUAUUAAGGCUCCUGAACUAAUCUCACCUUCUGGUGAAAAAUACAUCUUCCAUAAAAAUCAGUCUCAUCGGGUCCACAGAAAACCCAAAGUCAAAAGAAGUCGAAAGUUCAGAAAGAAAAGUUCACUCAAUAGAAUGAUGCUUGCAAGCUAUCCGUUCUCUGUAGUGAGGAGUCUCAUAAAUUCCCCUCCACGAGAGGCUGUUUCACCUUCAAGAGAAGUGACUUCUCAGGAAAAUAGUUUUCCAGCAUUAUUUUCUCUUUCAGACCAUUUUACAGAAAACACUAGUUCAGAAAACAAUACUGCGCAAAAUGUUUCUGAAGAAAUUAUUUCUACAGGAAACUCUACUCUGCCAGGAGGACCCGGCCCUGGAAACACUACCCAUAGGAACGUCUUCACUGCACAUUCUACUGUUGCUGCAGACAGCAGUAUGCCGACUGUUCAACACACCAACAAAACACAAUGGGAGGACCACAACACGGGCACUGAAUUAUCCUCCGAGCCCACAGGCUUCACUUUCCCAGGGCUCACAUCCCCAGGUGAUCAAGUUGAAACUCAGCUAAACCAGCAGCUACGGUCCCUUAUCCCCAGCAAUGACAUGCGAAGGCUCAUUUCUCAUGUUAUCCAGAUUUUGAAAAUGGACUGCUCGGAGACCCACGCACUGGCCUGUGCCCACCUCAUCUCUAAAACAGGACUCCUGAUGAAGCUUCUCAGAAAGCUGCAAGAAGUAAACGUGUCCAAAGCGGAAUGGGAUACGGACCAGUGGAAAACUGACAACUAUAUCAGUGAGAGCACAGAAGCCCAGAGUGAGCAGAAAGAGCAGGAGUCAAGUGAGCUCACAAAAGAAGUUCCAGGAUAUGGCUAUAACAACAAACUCAUCUUGGCAAUAUCUGUAACUGUAGUAGUGACGAUUUUGGUUACAAUUCUCUGUCUCAUUGAGAUUUAUUCUCAUAGAAUUGCAAAAGAGGAGGAUAAAAAAGAAGCAGAAGGUAAAUAUUGGUUUUUAAAGCAGAAUUUUACAACUAGAGGAGAACUUAGAACUCAUCUAUUUCAAUUUCCUGACCUAAGGCAGGAAGAAUGUUUAAUUACCCUAAUGGUUUAUCCAAAUUUAUUUAUUAGCAGAAUUAGCUCCCCAGCCAAAGCUGACUUAGAACAGAACUGGCGCCGAUUCAUCUGCUUUCUCUAG